GGCAUUUAAAACGAAAAUGCCAAUCUUAAUAGGAAAUAGUUGAGCAAUGAAACUGAAAAUGUUACCAAGCAGAACAAACUAACGGACAAUAUUAGGAAAUAGAUUGAUUUCUUUCAGCAUCAUUCAUUGAAAAUACAAAUCCCUUGGAUUGUACUAUUUAAGAACGAAAGAUGUCAAAUUCAAAGUUUAAGUUAACUGGAGAAAACACAAACCUGGCUCGUGUGGCUCAGCUGAUAUUGGGUCCAUGCACUAACGUACUACGUGAUGUUCUUAGGAAGGAAAUUUCUCCCUCCAAUUUGGAGACGAAAGUCAGAGCUUAUAUUGCUAAAACAAAGAAACCACUGAUCAACCAACACCAAGAGACACUCGUCUACAGUAAAGAUUACUUAAAAUUCGAUGUUACGUUACUGUACUUUUUAUUACGGAAUAUGUGCUCGAUCAAACCGCAUUCAAACAAGUGGGGAAACAACCCACAUCAUGGAGAUAAAAGUGUGUCAGGAAACAUCGAACGGAUUCGUCUGAUAAGAAAUGAAUAUGGACAUAAUUCGGAAAGAUCUAUCUCCGAUAAAGACUUUAAAAUAAAAUACAAAUAUAUUAAGGGCAUUGUCCGAGAGUUGGAGAACUACUUAGGUAGUUCUACUAAAUACCAGGACGAAGUAAAGGAACUGAAAACUUGUACCAUGGAUCCUACACAAAGCGAAAAAAAUAUCAAAGAGCUUCUUGACCUCCAUAAAAAAAUCAAAGAUAUUUCAGGGGAUGUCGAAGAAAUGAAGAAGAAAGUUCUUCCUUGGAAUAUAAAAGUUAUAUAUGAAAAGGACGUCCUUAAAUGGAAAGAAGAUGACAGUUUUUUUGUUGAAACUCACAACUUCCAAGCGAUGCUAAAUCAAGUUAGACAACAGCCGUUUGUGACGUUUGUUGGUGUCCCAGGCUCAGGAAAAACGGCUACAGCUCGUCAUAUAGCCCUUCUACUGCAAGAGAAAGAUGGGUAUGGAAUAGUAUCAACCAAAAACAUAAAUAACAUUGAAAUGUAUCGUGACCCCCGCAAUCCACAAGUGUUUGUUAUUGAUGAUGUCCUAGGUGUGUUUGGGUUUGAUAUGAAGGAACUUGAGAAGCUAACGAUGUAUAAAGAUAGAUUAAAUGAACCUACAAUGCCAGAGACCAAGGUUCUUAUGACAUGCCGGGAGGUAGUUUUCAAACAUGAAGCUUACUCAGGAUCCAUUUUGUCAUAUAAAAAUCACGUAGUUCAGUUACACAGUGAAGAAAAUGCUUUAAAUGAUCAAGAUAAAUAUGAUUUAUUUGCAAAGUACAACUUAGAUAAAGAUUUGUUAUCAGCAGACACUUUGUCAAAAAUAUCGAAAAGUUUUCCAUAUCUAUGCAAACUGUUUUCAAGAAAGGAAGAGUUAGGACAUUAUGGGCCACAGUUUUUUAUUUCACCUGUUCCAUGUAUAUUGGAACUUCUGGACAUCAUGAAAAUAAGAAACAAGUUUCAUUAUGUUUCAUUAGUUGUAUUAAUGACCAAUCAAAAUUCAUUGUCAGAAAAAGAUUUUAACAACGAAAACACGACGUACUUUGGUCAAAUGAAGUUCCAGGUUUUAAAAAGAUGUAAAGUUGAUCCUACGACCUGUAGUUUUUAUUUUAUUGAUGCAUUGACUGAAAUGGAAGGGACUUACACUGAGCAAAGUCAAAGUGAGUUUAAAUUUAUUCACGAUUCCAUGCUUGAAAUUAUUGCCUAUCAUUUUGGUCGUCACUUUCCAGAGCUAAUUUUGCAAUAUAUGGAUAGUGAUUACAUUGCUAACUAUAUCAAACCAGACAAAAACAAAUGUAGGAAACGUAAAAGAGAAGAAGACAACUUAGAACAAACAGUCGAUGCGAAGGAAGACAGUUAUACAGUUGCCGACAAAGAAUAUGUGCAUGAUUUAUGUAUAAAACUACAGGAGUCCCAUUACCAUUUACUUGCUGAUCGUUUGUUUGAAGAUAUACAUAGAGGCGAGUUGUUUAAUGUUUUUGGAAACGAAGCGUUAAAAAAUCCAUUGGUGCUUCAAACUUUUUUGGAUGUGAUGAAGAGUAAGCCUUAUUCAGAAUUGUUCACCGUAUUUCUGUCAGAGUUAGAAGAACAACAAGUUAAACAAGCAAAAACAUCUAAAAAACAUUUCUUCUCGAGCAAGAGCUAUAAUUUGCUCAUGAAUUCAAAAUGGAUUAACAAAUAUGAAUUUUACACGUGUGCUCGUGCCAUUGACUGGGUUAUAUUCUAUGGACACAAUCAAAUUUUACAGUUUAUCAUAGAUCAGAUAAUAAAAAACACAAAAACGGUCAAUGACCUAUUUCGAACUCUUUUCAACAUUCGAUCGGAUGACUAUUGUACUACAGAGCAGGGUACAGAUUGUAAUAAAAGAAACGAAUCAGAUAUUGAUAAAAACAGUGCAGGGAGAUGUGAUGUGUCAGAAGAUGAAUCUUGGUCCGAUUUAUGCUCCGAAAGCGGCGAUCAAUUUUUUGGGAACGAACAAGUCUUUAUUGAGAAGCGCCGCUUACUUAAUCUUAGUUGUUAUAGUGGUGACCUUCUGACUUUCCAAACUUUACUUCCAUAUUGUGAUAAAGAUGUCCUUUUUUCUAAACCAUCGUGGAAAGACGACUUUGAUGAUGGUGGGAAUAUAUCUGAUCCACCAAUUGUUGUUGCAAGCAAAACUGGACACUUGAAUAUACUUCUUGAGCUGUUAAGCCUUGGUGCAAAUGUAAAUGACGACAGCUAUUGUGAUAAAUCACUGGUUGUUGCAUGUUCAAAAGGACAUUUAAAUAUAGUAAUUGAAUUGUUAAAACAUAAAACAAAUGUCAAUACAACAGAUUAUAAUAGUACCCCACUCAUUGCCGCGUGUUUAAAAGGGUAUUAUGAUAUUGUACUUGAAUUGAUAAAACACGGAGGAGAUGUCAACAUCACAGUUUCUCGUUAUUCACCAAUUAUUGCCGCCUGUUUAGGCGGACAUACAGUUGUUGUAACUGAAUUGAUAAAACAAGGAGCAGAUGUCAAUAUCACAGUUUCUGGUUGUUCACCACUUAUUGCUGCCUGUUCAGAGGGACAUCUUGGUAUAGUUCUUCAAUUGUUAAAACAUGGAGCAGAUGUAAAUACGGAAGUUUUUUAUCAAUCACCCCUUACAGCUGCGUGUUCUAUAGAUUUUUUUAAAAAGGGAAACAAUUUGUUAAGACACGGUGAAGGUGUCGAUAGCGGAUAUUUAAGAGAUGAAUCCAAAUAUGCUGCAUGCUCAAAAGUCCAGUUAGAUAUGAUACACGAACUCUUGAAAUAUAAAGCAGAUGUCAAUAUCAAAACCUGUCGAACUUCACCUCUUAUUGCUGCUUGUUCAAAUAGAAAUAUAAAUAUAUCUACUGUACGAGAAUUGAUAAAACAUGGAGCAGAUGUCAAUCUGACAGUUACGAAAAGGUCCCCACUCAUCGCUGCAUGUAAAGAAGGACGAGUUGAUGUAGUACUUGAAUUGUUAAAACAAGGAGCAGAUGUCAAUAUCACAGUUUCUGGUUGUUCACCACUUAUUUCUGCAUGUUCACCACUUAUUUCUGCAUGUUCAGAGGGACAUCUUGAUAUAGUUUGUCAAUUGUUAAAACAUGGAGCAGAUGUAAAUAUGGAAGUGUCUUAUUAUUCACCCCUUACAGCUGCGUGUUCUAUAGAUUUUUUUAAAAAGGGAAACAAUUUGUUAAGACAAGGUAAAGGUGUCGAUACCGGAUAUUUAAUAGAUAAAUCCAAAUAUGCUGCAUGCUCAAAAGUCCAGUUAGAUAUGAUACACGAACUCUUGAAAUAUAAUGCAGAUGUCAAUAUCAAAACCUGUCGAACUUCACCACUUAUUGCUGUUUGUUCAAAUAAAUAUAUAAAUGAAGGUGCUGUACGAGAAUUGUUAAAACAUGGCGCAGAUGUCAAUUUGACUAAUACUUAUUGUUCCCCACUCAUCGCUGCAUGUAGAACAGGACGUUUUGAUUUAGUAAAUGCAUUGUUAAAACAUGGAGCAGAUGCAAAUCUCAUAGUUUCUGACAAUUUACCACUUAUUGCUGCAUGUUCGGAAGGACAUUUAAAUAUAGUCCUUGAAUUGUUAAAACAUGGAGCAGAUGUGAAUGCCAUGGUUUCUAAUAAGAUGUCAAUAUCAAAGUUUUUAAUAAUUCACCCCUUAUUGCUGCAUGUUCAAAAGGACAUUUUGAUAUAGUACUCGAGUUGUUAAAAUAUGAAGCAGAUGUCAAUAUCACAGUUUCUGAUAAUUCACCUCUUAUUGCUGCAUGUGGAAAAGGACAUUUAGAUAUAGUACUUGAAUUGUUAAAACAUGGGGCAGAUGUCAUUGUUAUAUAUU